CUUUUGAAUUAUUGUAAUACUAACAUAUAUAGUCAGUGACCAACCAUCAUGUGGCCGAUCGAUCAUCAACCGCAAACUGACGACGAUGUCUGACCAGUUUGCUUAAAUUCUAGCUGACUCGAAGGAAUCUCGAGUAUGUAAGCGGCGGAGCAAAUUGCAAAUACAUAAUAUAUCUGCACAUUGGAAGAACGCACGCAUCAACUCUCUGCAGGGUCGUCGUCGACUGGAGCUGGAGCACACGUUAGGCAAGACGUACUGUUCGACACAUAGCUUUUCGAGAGAGGGACAGUAGAGGAGGGUGCAAAAGGAUACGGUGGCAUCGCUUUGCGUGUUUCCAUUCCAUGUGCCAGCCUAGGAACCGAACCGAACCUCCUCUCAGCAGCUACUCUCUCUCUCUCUCUCUCUCUCUCACUCACGCUCACUGCUCACUGGACUGGACGCAGCCAUGCUAACAACUUCUUCUUCGCUCUCGCCGUCUGUCUGCUCCGGGUCUGCUGCAACAACUGCCAGUACGUGCCCCCACGAUCACGAUGAGCCGUGAGCGCGCGCCUAACCGCUCUGGUCCAAUCAUCCGGAGGGAGGGCCCCCAACUUGUCACGUCCGUUCGGGGUGUUUGGGCUGGAAAGGUCAAUGCCACUGCUCCCCCUCACGCUGUCUGUUUUUUUGUUCCCACCUUUGAAUUCCCCACUCUUUCUUCUUGGUUUCUCGGCAGAGGAGACGACAGUGAGAUCAGGAUUUCAGUGUUUCAAAACAUCAAGUAAGCAAUGAAACUGUUACAAAAAAAAAUUAAGUAUUGGUGACCACUACCAGCGAUGACGACGGCGGCACGGCACUACUCGGCCACUCACUCACUCACUUCCCCUGCCAGGAAUUUCGCCUUGCGUUGGACUCAAAGGCACCCUCUCCUUGCCAACCUAACAGCGACCCGUGAGUGACCACACCAAGACUCCCUCCCCGUCCAUACGCGCAAGCGCAAUGCAAGCCAGCAGCUAUGAUGGACGCAGAUCGGGCCCACCAACCAGGUCGCUUUGGAAGGUUGGGGUGGGUGGGGAGAGCGAGGAAGUGAAGACGAAGACGACCAAAGGCACCAGGGAUCUGGAUGUAAUAAAAGAUUAAGCCAGGGUGUUGGACCCCGUGACUGAUCUCUGACUACGACGCCGCACUGCCUGCCUGAGUGCCUGGGUGGAGCGGAGGUGGUGGGAUAAUGGAUUGGGGAGGCCUUUUUAUAGACCGGUAGGCAUGAUGCUCUUCUCAUUACUGACAAGCGCCAGAGCAGAGAGGGAGAGAGAGAACACACAAGGGGAGGGGUGGGGAAGGGAAGGGAAGGGAGGCGCACUCGUCCCGUCUGGUAUCGUCUCCCCCGGCAGUGAAGGAGUAGAAGGAAGGAGAGUAGGAGUAGGAGGGGAGAAUGCGUGUCGGCGGCGGGCGGGACGACGACGACGAGGUGUCCCGGAAGCUCAAGAGCAUGGACGUGGACAAGCUGGAGAACGGCGGCGGGGAGGAGAGCCCGCGGCCCGCCGUCAAGUACCACGGCUGGAAGGCCAUGCCGUUCAUCAUCGGGAACGAGACGUUCGAGAAGCUGGGGACGCUGGGCACGUCGGCGAACCUGCUGGUGUACCUGACGCAGGUGUUCCACAUGCGGAGCGUGGACGCGGCGACGCUGCUCAACGGGCUCAACGGCACCACCAGCCUCGCCCCCAUCAUCGGCGCCUUCCUCUCCGACGCCUACCUCGGCCGCUACCUCGCGCUCGCCAUCGCCUCCGUCGCCUCCCUCAUCGGCAUGUUCCUGCUGACGAUGACGGCCGGCGCGAAUAGCCUGCACCCGCCGGAGUGCAGCGUGGGCGAGACCUGCGAGAAGGCGACGUCGUACCAGUUCGCGGUGCUCUUCGUGGCCUUCGCGUUCCUGGUGCUGGGCUCGGCGGGGAUCCGCCCCUGCAGCAUGCCCUUCGGCGCCGACCAGUUCGACCCCAACACGGAGUCUGGCAAGCGCGGCAUCAACAGCUUCUUCAACUGGUACUACUUCACCUUCACGGCCGCCAUGAUGAUCUCCGCCACCGUCAUCAUCUACGUGCAGAGCAACGUGAGCUGGCCCAUCGGGCUGGGCAUCCCCACGGCACUCAUGUUCCUGGCAUGCGUGCUCUUCUUCAUGGGCACGCGCCUAUACGUGCGGGUGACGCCCGAGGGGAGCCCCUUCACCAGCGUCGUGCAGGUGCUAUCAGCCGCGCUCAAGAAGCGGUCGCUGAAGCAGCCCAAGGACCCGAAGCAGGACCUCUUCGACCCGCCGCACACCAGCGCCAUCGUCACCAAGUUGGCGCACACGGACCAGUUCCGCUGCCUCGACAAGGCGGCCAUCGUGGCAUCCCCGGACGAGGUGCGUUCCGGCGGCGGCGCGCCCGCGGACCCCUGGAGGCUCUGCAGCGUGCAGCAGGUGGAGGAGGUCAAGUGCCUCAUCCGCAUCGUGCCCGUCUGGUCCACGGGGAUCAUCUACUACGUCGCCGUGGUGCAGCAGUCCACGUACGUGGUGCUCUCGGCGCUGCAGUCCGACCGCCACCUCGGCCGCGCCGGCUUCCAGAUCCCCGCCGCGUCCUUCACCGUCUUCGCCAUGCUCGCGCAGACGCUGUGGAUCCCCUUCUACGACCGCCUCCUGCUGCCCAAGCUCCGGAAGAUAACGGGCAAGGAGGAGGGGUUCACGCUGCUCCAGCGCCAGGGCAUCGGCAUCGCGCUCUCCACUGUCGCCAUGGUCAUCUCGGCCAUCGUCGAGGACCGGCGCCGUGCCAUCGCGCUCAGCCAGCCGACGCUCGGCACCACCAUCACUGGCGGGGCGAUCUCGGCCAUGUCCAGCCUGUGGAUGGUGCCACAGCUCAUGAUCCUGGGGCUGUCGGAGGCCUUCAACCUCAUCAGCCAGAUCGAGUUCUACUACAAGGAGAUCCCGGAGCACAUGCGCAGCGUGGCCGGGGCGCUCGCCUUCUGCAACCUGGCGCUCGGCAACUACCUCAGCGGCUUCCUGGUUACCAUCGUGCACCGGACGACGGGGUCCGGGCAGAACUGGCUGGCGCAGGACCUCAACAAGGGCCGCCUCGACCUAUUCUACUGGACCAUCGCCGGAAUCGGCGUCUUUAACUUCAUCUACUUCGUCAUCUGCGCCAGGUGGUACAGGUUCAAGGGGGCCAGCAACUGAUCCGCCGAGGUAACCGUCGUCUCACGAUCACGACGAGUGCGGGCAUGAAUGGGACUCAGCUCUAUGCGGUCCUGAUGGCAGUUUGCUUGGUGGCUUGGGUAAUUAUGUUAUGGCCUUGGCAGAGCAACAGGAAAAAAAAGGGGCCUUAAAAUAAGGUCAUGAUAAUUAUUUUGUAUCUACCAUAGUAGUUGUUUGAUAUCGACGCCUCUCUCUCUCUCUCUCUCUCUCUCUCUCUCUCUCUGUUAUUACUUUAUAUUUUUGUUACUGUCCUUUCAUUUGAAUCUAUAGGAUGGUCAAAGUGGCUGAUGAAAGAGGAGAAAGAAACAAAACAGUUGGUUUCUUGUUACUUGUAAGUGGUUAAACUGAAAUACAAAUGGAUGUAAGAUUGAAUGAAAGCUUUAGCUCAGUUACCAGAUUA